ACUGUCAUCAUGGCCAACCUUAUCUCCCUUCCCCUCCAAGAGAGAAUUCCUCGUAACAACAUUUUACAGAGAGCCACAGAUAUCAUAAUCUUCUUCCUUUUUCUCUCACUCCUCUCCUAUCGUUUCCUAACGCUCAGCAACCAUGGAGUCGCUUGGCUCCUUGCCUUCCUCUGCGAGUCAUGGUUCACUCUCUGCUGGGUCCUCACCAUCAACUCCAAUUGGAAUCCUGUUGAAUACAGAACAUAUCCUGAGCGCCUCUUACAAAGGGUUGGCGAGGUUCCCUCGGUGGACAUGUUUGUGACAACAGCAGACCCAUUACUCGAACCGCCUAUCAUCACUGUAAACACUGUGCUCUCCUUGUUAGCAGUUGAUUACCCCGCUCACAAGCUUGCCUGCUAUGUGUCCGACGAUGGCGCUUCUCUUCUCACCUUCUAUUCUCUUGUCGAAGCCUCCAAGUUUGCCAAACUUUGGGUUCCUUUCUGUAAGAAGUACAGUAUUCGAGUUCGAGCCCCUUUUGUUUAUUUCUCCACUGAGAUCGAUGAAUCAUUGGAUCUCUCACCGGAUUUUCGAGAUGAAUGGAAGACGAUGAAGAAUGAAUACAAACAACUGCGACGAAGAAUAGAAGAGGCGGUUCAGAAGAAUUAUAUUGCAGGAGAUCUAACGGGAGAUUUUGCAGCUUUCUCAAAAAUAGACCCUAAGAACCAUCCGAGUAUAGUGAAGGUGAUAUGGGAGAACAAGGAAAAUCUUCCGGAUGGGCUGCCGCAUCUCAUUUACGUGUCCAGAGAGAAGCGGCCGGUGCACCCUCAUCAUUUCAAAGCAGGAGCCAUGAAUGUCUUGACCAGAGUAUCAGGAGUUAUGACAAACUCCCCUUUUAUUCUCAAUGUCGACUGCGACAUGUUUGUGAACAACCCCCAGACUAUUCUUCAUGCAAUGUGCCUACUGCUUGGUUUUGAGCAAGAGAAAGAAAGUGGGUUUGUUCAGUUCCCUCAGAUAUUCUACAGAAGCUUAAAGGAUGAUCCAUUUGGGAAUAAUCAAUUCAUAGUCUUCUGGAAAUUUAUUAUGCCUGGAAUAGUAGGAAUCCAGGGACCCUUUUAUGGUGGGACAGGAUGCUUUCAUAGAAGAAAAGUUAUAUAUGGUCUAUCACCGGAUGAAGCAACAAUCCAAGGAGCAAUGGAGACCACAUUUGGAAAUUCAGUCCAUUUCAUGAAAUCGGUACCUCAGAUAUUGUCUGGAAUCAAAGACAAGACGGACUGCCAACCUGCAGAUCUAUCCAGCACCGAAGAAGCAGCAAAUGAAGUAGCAAGUUGUGUGUACGAGUACAACACCUCGUGGGGUGAAAGGGUUGGUUGGGUCUACGGGUCGGCAACUGAAGACGUCCUCACCGGACUGAGAAUCCAUUCAAAAGGUUGGAGAUCGGGUUAUUGUACGCCCGACCCACCUGCAUUCCUAGGCGAUACACCCUCGGGUGGGCCCGCAAUACUGACCCAACAAAAGAGAUGGGCCACCGGCCUUCUCGAGAUUCUCGUUAGCAACUACAAUCCCAUUCUGGGCGUUAUCAAGGGGAAGCUUCUGAUUCGACAGUGCUUGGUGUAUCUGAGCGUAAUCAUAUGGCCGCUUCGCGCCCUUCCGGAGUUGUGCUAUGCGCUGCUGCCACCUUACUGCAUCCUCACCACCACGUAUUUCCUGCCUACGGUGUGGGAACCAGCCAUUUUUGUUUCUAGUGCACUUUUUGUCAUCCUCAGUCUCUACAAUCUAUCCUACUACCUUCGCUGUGGCCUCUCUAUCCGCUCAUGGUGGAACAAUCAGAGAAUGACAAGGAUAACUUCUGCAACAUCACGGUUGUUUAGUGUAUUGGUUGUCAUUCUCAAGUUUCUUGGAUUAUCAGAAACUGUGUUUGAAAUCACACCUAAACACCAGGAUAGCUCUGUGGAUACUAGUGCAGGUGAACUCACCUUCGACAAGUCGCCCAUUUUUGUUCCUGGCACGACCCUCCUGUUGCUCCACAUGACUGCACUUGCAGUGGGCUUGUUAAGAAUAUUAUUGCAGCCAUGGGCCCAUGCUGGGUCUUGGUUUGGGUUAGGGGAGAUAUGCUGUAGCAUAUGGAUGGUGCUUUCCUUCUGGCCGUUUGUGAAAGGUCUCUUUAAGAAGGGGGUUUAUGGAAUCCCCUCCUCUACUCUAUACAAAUCAGUUGCUCUCUCUUCACUCUUCGUGCACCUCUCUCUCUGGGCUUCAUCAAAUUGAAUCUAAUCUUACCUCUAGGCUUCAGAAACUUAAACUUGUUUUCUAAUUGCCUAGCAUUGGUUAUUGACUCUCAAGAAGAAUUAAUUACUUUUAUGGUCGUAUCUACUUGUAGACUGUGGGCCUCAAGUUCAAGAGAAUCUACCUGUGGGCAUAGUCUGCGGCUCUAUGGAUACAAGCCUUUUAUUUAUGUAUUAUAUUUAUAUG